CGAUCGUCCUCUUGUGGGUCCUCUCCUCCAGACGUCCCUCAACCUUCCUCCUCUGAUGGAGUCAGAACCAGCUUCCUGAACGACACUGAGCACUGACCUAACCAGUUUCUGACACACCUCACUCCAAAGAAGUUUUUCAGACGUCCCUCAACCUUCCUCGUCUACCGGAGUCAGAACCAGCUUCCUGAUCGUCUGACAGAAUAAAUUGGAAUCUGCCUUUGAUUCCUCAGCCUGUUUCUGUUGCCAGUCUCUCCAUUGGACUCUCUGAUUCUUCAGAUGGACGGUCUGGUCCUUCACUUCCUGCCCGGAACCAUCACUGGUUUGGUUUUCUGUCUCCUCCUGACCCACUACUGUAAAGGUCAGUCUGAGUCAGUGGAUUCACUUCAACCAAUUGUAGCAAGAGUUGGUGAUGACGUUGUUCUACCGUGUCAAAUCAAACCUUCAGUGGAUGUUUCUGCAGCAACGUUGGAGUGGAAGAGGUCAAACCUCUUUGUCCUGGUGUGGCGUACUGGUGCAGACUUUAAAAGACAAAAAGAUCCAUCCUACAGAGGAAGAACAUCUCUGUUCCCUGAUGAACUGAAACAUGGAAACGUUUCACUGAAACUCUCUGACGUGAAGCUGUCUGAUAAAGGAACGUACAGAUGUUACGUUGUAGAGAAGAAUAGAGAGAUGUUUGUUGAGCUUGUUGUUGCUCCUGGUUGUUCACCCGUCAUCAGUUUAUCAGGGAUGGACAGAGACAGAGGAGGAGUGGUGUUACAGUGUGAAUCCAGAGGCUGGUAUCCAGAGCCUGAGGUGUUGUGGCUGGACGCUGAGGGACACCUGCUCUCUGCUGGACCUCCAGAGACAGUCAGAGGUCCUGAUGACCUCUAUACUGUCAGCAGCAGAGUGACUGUGGACAAGAGACACAACAACAGCUUCACCUGUAGAGUCCAACAGAACAACAUCCACCAGACCAGAGAGGCUCACAUACAUGUUCCAGAUGAUUUCCUCUUGUCCUCUUCCAGUUCUGCUGAUGGGAUAAUGGGAAGAACAGUUCCAGUUCUUCCCAUCAUCACUGGUUUGGCUGUUAGCUUAGCUGUUAGCAUCAUGGUUAUUUUAGCAUGUGUCUUCUUUGUGUGGAGACAAAAUAGAACCAAAACCAAGAAAAGAUCCAGAGAUAAAGCUGAGAAGGAG